CAUCCGGGCGGCUGCAGCAGGUACCGCCCAAGGCGUUCCGGCCUCUUGCUACACAGCCUACAGCGGUGAUGGCCGGCAGACGGUCUGGUUGGAGCCAGGCAGCUCUUCUCCAGUUCCUUCUUGGCAUGUGCCUAACGGUGAUGCCACCCAUACAGGCCCGGAGUCUGCGCUUUGUUACCUUGCUGUAUCGACAUGGAGAUCGGUCACCAGUGAAGACAUAUCCCAAGGACCCCUAUCAGGAAGAGAAAUGGCCCCAGGGAUUUGGUCAGCUAACCAAGGAAGGGAUGCUACAGCACUGGGAGCUGGGCCAGGCCCUGCGGCAACGCUACCAUGGCUUUCUGAACACCUCUUACCAUAGGCAAGAGGUGUAUGUGCGAAGCACAGACUUUGAUCGUACUCUCAUGAGUGCUGAGGCCAACCUGGCUGGACUCUUCCCUCCCAAUGAAGUUGAGCACUUCAACCCUAACAUUUCAUGGCAGCCUAUCCCUGUCCACACCGUGCCCAUCACUGAAGACAGGUUGCUGAAGUUCCCUUUGGGUCCAUGUCCCCGUUAUGAGCAGCUACAGAAUGAGACUCGGCAGACACCAGAGUAUCAGAACAGGAGUAUUCAGAAUGCACAAUUUCUGGACAUGGUGGCCAAUGAGACAGGGCUUACAAACCUGACCCUAGAGACCAUCUGGAAUGUGUAUGACACACUCUUUUGUGAGCAAACACAUGGGCUGCUCCUGCCGCCCUGGGCCUCACCCCAAACCGUGCAUCGUCUGAGCCAGCUAAAGGACUUCAGCUUCCUCUUCCUCUUUGGGAUCCAUGAGCAAGUACAGAAGGCCCGGCUUCAGGGGGGAGUUCUGCUGGCUCAGAUAUUGAAGAACCUGACCCUAAUGGCAACUACCUCUCAAUUCCCUAAGCUUCUGGUUUAUUCCGCACAUGACACUACUCUGGUUGCUCUGCAAAUGGCACUGAAUGUCUACAACGGGAAACAAGCUCCCUAUGCUUCCUGCCACAUAUUUGAACUGUACCAGGAAGAUAAUGGGAAUUUCUCAGUCGAGAUGUACUUUCGGAAUGACAGUAAGAAGGCACCCUGGCCUCUAAUCCUGCCUGGCUGUCCUCACCGUUGCCCACUGCAGGAAUUCCUUCGUCUCACAGAGCCUGUCAUACCCAAGGACUGGCAGAAGGAGUGCCAGCUAGCAAACGAUACUGCAGAUACAGAGGUGAUUGUGGCAUUGGCUGUCUGUGGCUCCAUCCUCUUCCUUCUAAUAGUGUUGCUCCUCACUGUCCUCUUCCGGAUGCAGGCCCAGCCUCCUGGCUACCACCAUGUUGCAGACAGGGAAGACCAUGCUUGACAACCACUCAGUCCCCUUCCCUCUGCCUCCUAGGGGAGGUGGGCUGAGUCCUCGCUCCUGACCAUUGCUGAUCCCAGCACAGGGACAGGUUUAGCCUUCCCGAUUACCUACACCCAAAUGAAUGAGUGAGGCUCGGCUGGGCGCGUGAUACCUGUGACUCACCAUCUUCAUGCCUGAUGUUUACCAUGUACUGUGUUGGACACUGGCUUUCUCUAAAUGGGAUUUGCCUCUUCUAUACUCCCUAAGGACUUGAGAUACAGACAAGCAUUCAGGUUUCACUCAAAACCUGGGAUUAAAAAAAACCCCAAAACCUGAAGAAGUUGAUACUUGAUCUGCCCUGCUCUCCACCAAGCCUUGCUCCUUAUCUUCUAGCCCACAUCUUUGGCAAAUGGCUUGGAGGACAUUGUCCCAUGGUACUUUAGAGGCAAAAACUGCUAAUCACUAGGAGUAUAAAAAAUGGCUAUCAAGAGCCCGGGUCAUCCAACAGCAAAAUUUCCCUUUGGCUGAGGCUACCGUCAGUGUCAACCUCAGGCAGGUCUGAAGGAUAUUUGUGCUGUACCUGGAUGAGAGUGGGAAGACACAGGUAGGAGUGAAACACAUGGAAUCAUGAAGUGACUCUGCUCUGCUGGGCUGGACUCUUCAGGGACGUGAAGUAAAUGCAGCUGGUGAACCGUACACCUUGACUGUGGCCCCAAGUAGGGCUGAAGUAACUCCGAGGAAAUGAAGGUUUUGACUGUGAGUGCUGGUUCUGUGCCUUUUUUUCCUUCCCCAUUUCUGACAUCCAAGGAGCACUCUUACCAGGUCAGUACUAGGUAUACUCUGAAGCCCCAUUGGGCUUUUGGGCUUCUAGUUAGAUACAAACAGUAUGCUUUUAUUGGCCAUGCCAAGAGUGAACGUAAAAAUUUUUAAAUUCCCUGGUUAUUCUGCUACUAUAUAUCACAAAAAAGAAAAAAAGGACCUUGGCUCUAGCAUAAACUUGGCUUCCAGGCUCGACACAGCAGGGACCCUGAGUAGUUGGUUUACUCUUUAAUUUUCUGGAGCAAACUGUAGAGCAGUAACAUGUCAGCAUCCUAGUCCCACAGAACCCCACACCACAAGUGUCCCUGCUCCAGCCCACGCCACAAGUGUCCCUGCUCCAGCCCAUACUUCUGGCCUAUUAACAAACAGCUGCCACUUUUCACAGAACAUGUUCCCAUCUCUGGGCUCCAGUAUUGCUGUCCCACACCAUCUUCAUAGUCUUUUAUGAUCUUUUUGUGACCCAUCUUCCUCUGGGCGCCAAAUAAGAAUAUGAAAACCUAGAAGAAACAAGAAGUCUGACACCUUCUGUAGCUGGUCUGUCUCAGAGGUUGGGGAUGUCUUGGGGGAACUAACAGACUGACACUGCCAUGACCAAAACAAAGCAAGGGUGACCUAGGCCAGAGACCACUGUCUUUCAGAUAUAUUUACUGCCUACUGCCCUGGGACAAAUAGGGUAGAGGUAAGGUGAAUUUAGCCUCCACUGCAACCUAGGAUAGAGUUAGGCUUAGACAGUUCAAGAUACAGUUGCUUUUACUCACCCAUAGUAGAGGCCAGUGUGUCUCCCAUAGGAUUGAACUCAUUGAGCUACAAAGGUAAGAGUACAGGCGUGAAGCUGGGGUAAAGGCAGUACAGAGGCAGUAAGUACAUGGGGAAUAAUUCUGAUCAGGAAGGUAGCUAGACUCCCUGCUUCCUCCCAUCACUGUUUGGGGGUCCAAGUCUCACCGAAGUAAUACCGGAAUAUCCUGGAUCGUAGAGCUGACACGUCAUCUUCCCGGAGCUUCCAUCAAACACAUCUAUUGUCCUUAGUUCAUAGGGAACACAACCUUUAAGAUUAGGAUCUGGGUAUCGGCCCACAACAAUGAGGUUGUACCGUGAAUGCCAGGUUGCCUAGGAAACAGAGAGGUCAGUCAGUAUGUAAAGUAUUUUUUUAAUUUGGGGACAGUGACUCAGUUGGUACAGGUACACCUGAGUUUGGAUCCCCAGCACCCCUAUAAAAACCUUGUCACGAUACACCUAGAAUUCCAGCUGGGAGGUGGAGACAGGAAUCCUGGAACCUGCUAGCUAUCUACUAGAGCCAAAACAGUGAGUUCCAGGUUCCGUGAGAAAUGGUUUCAAAAAUAAGGUGGAGAACAAUUGAGAAAGACACCUGCUGUCAACCUCUAGCCUGCACAAAGUAUUCUUUAAGGGCCGGAUAUCCAGCUCUGUGGCAGAGCAUCUACACAGCAUACACAAGGCUGUAUGUUUGACCCCAGAAUCUCACACACAGGACAGCCUGGUCUACACAGAAACGCUGUCUUGAAAAAACAAAAGUCUGGACAAGGAUGACGGGAAAGUAUUUGUUAAGAGUCAGAGGUGUUCAGUGGUAAAGACCUUGCUCAGCAUGCACAAGUGUUCAGUCCCCAGAAUUGCAAAAAAAAAAAUAACAAAACAAAAAUGCCCAAGUUGGUGGUAUCUUAAAAAACUGCAAGAGAGGAGCUAGAAAGAUGGCUCAGUGGUUAAGAACACAUGCUAUUCUUGCAGAGGGAAGCUGGGCUCAAUUCUAAUACCUACAUACUAGCUCACAAUAUAACUCCACUUCCAGGUGAUCCAGUGCCCUCUUCUGGACUAUAUACAUACACAGUGUGUGUAUAUGAACAUAUAUGUAUGUGUAUAUAAUAUAUAUACAUAUGUAUAUAUGAAUAUUUUCUCAUUUUUUUUAACCACUCAUUGGUCAAGAAGAACCUAAUACUGCAUAUAAGACAAGUAUAAGGGCUGAGCAGAUCACUCAGCAGAUAAAGGCUUUUGACCCCAACCAAGCCUGAUAACCUGAGUUUGAUCCCCAGAGCCUAUGUAGUGGGAGGGAAAAACCAAUGCUGACCACCCGCCCACUGUGGCAUGAGGGUAUAGGCACACACAUAACAUUAAUAAAUAAGUGUUUUUAAUUUUUAAAAGACUUCUCUGGUUUACAUAGUCAGGCCAGCCAGGACUAUUAUACAUUUAGGAGAGGUCUUAAAAGUGAGUUGGCCUACAUUAUACAUGCUUGCUUUCCAGGUCCUUAGGACACCUCAGACCCUUUCUUUUAUUUUAAAGACAUUUUAAAACUGAUUUUUGUGUAGUGACUCACUCUGUGUACUCCUGGCUGUCCUGGAACUUGCAUUGUAGAUCCAGAUGGCCUCAAACUACUGGGAUUAAAGGCAUGCACCACCACAA